AUGGACUUUGUGCACCGCUUGAUCCACGGCCCAGAGCACAGGAAGCAGCCUGUCGACAAGUCACGCAGGCUCAAACUGCUCGCGAGCUACCUCCCAGACUGGAUCCUCACGAUCAUCCUCGUCGCCAUCAUCGGAUACUUCACCGACUAUGCAGGCUACAAGCGCGAGUUCUCCCUCACCGACACCUCGAUCCAGCACACGUUCGCCACCAAGGAGCGCAUCUCGUUCGGCGAAUGCGUCGUCUAUGCCGGCGUGAUUCCCGCCGUCAUCAUCAUCCUUGUCGCCUUGAUCUGGCGACGCUCGUUCUGGGACAUGCACAACGGCUUGCUCGGUCUCUUGCUGAGCGUCUCGCUCACCACCGUCUUCACCCAAGUCGUCAAAGUCACCGUCGGACGUCCGCGACCCGACUUGAUCGACCGCUGCCAGCCCGUCGGCGGCGCUAGCAAUCACCCAGUCUACGGCUUGGCGACCGUUGCGCUGUGCACGGUCCAGACGGGUCACAUCAUCGACGACGGCUUCAAAUCCUUCCCGUCGGGUCACUCGUCGUUCGCUUGGGCCGGACUAGGCUACUUUGCCUUGUACUUGGCCGGCAAGAUGCACCUUUUCGACCAGCGAGGUCACACUAUCAAGUCCUGGAUCGCCAUCACCCCACCCAUCGGUGCGACGCUCAUCGCCGUUAGCCGCACGAUGGACUACCGCCACCACGCUACGGAUGUCAUCGCAGGCGGAAUCCUCGGCGCCUUGAUUGCCAUCAUGACCUACCAUCUCUACUACCCCUCCCUCUUCUCGCCUCAGUGCCACCUCCCCUUCUCCCCUCGCAUCCCCGCCAUCGCCACCUCCGAACGCCUCGACUCGGACGCCGAAGAGCCCGGCACCGCUCCGCGUCCUCGCCAAGGCCACAACAACCCGAACGCACCGAUCCUCCCUCUUCAUGGGCGCGAGUCGUUUGGGUCUGAUGGGUCGCCGAUGGGAGGGAAUGGGAUCCCGCUCGAGGCGAACCCGCAUGAGGUGGGUGGGAGGAGGGGAGAGGCGGCUGGGACGGUCAAGCCGUACAGCGGGUACUACUGA